AUGCAAGCCGCGUCCUACCGCGCACCUCUGCUGCUCGCUGCGGGCCUGGCUUCCGCUGUGCUAUGGUGGAGCUACAAGGCCCGGCGGAAAGGAGACCAGGCCGCCCCAGCCGUGUCUUUGCCCGCGGCACCAGACAGCAGGUGCUCUGAUCCCAGUCGUGGCCCGAUUGCCACCGCGAUCCAGGCGAAGGUGUCGAGAGCCUUGCAGCCGUCGCAGCUGGUGAUUCACGACGACUCGGCAGCCCACCGGGGGCACGCAGGAGUCGCAGGAGCCCAGAUUCCCGAGACGCACUUCAAGGUCGAGGUGGUUUCCGCCGCCUUCGAGGGCGUCCGCAAGCUGGAACGCCAGCGUCAAGUGCAGGACCUGCUCAAGGAUGAGUUUGCAGCCGGUCUUCAUGCGCUGGAGCUGUCGUGCAGAACGCCAGCUGAGCACGCGAAGGCCUCCCGGACUUGA